UAUGGUAGAGUAAAAUUUUAAAUGAGCGGGUAAACACAUAUUAGAUACACCAUUGAAAUUCAUGUUUACCGGAGAGUGGCGAAGUCCACGGUAACCCCACAUGGUUUAAAGAGGCUUCCGCUUACAGGCUAAAUUGCAAGGUCAAGGAAGGACACAAAGGCUAAAGUGGGAUCAACAUCAUAGGAAAACAUGAGUGUCCAUUUUGACGAGACUUUAAGAAAUAUUGGUGAGUUUGGUUCUUACCAAAAGCGUAUCUAUUUCCUGCUAUGCCUCCUCAUCAUCUUCAUAGGUAUGUCCGAUGUUAUCAACGCAUUCCUCUUAUACACUCCGAGACACAGGUGUUCUAGUUAUAACACAACAACGGAUGUCAGUGCUCACUUGACAAACGGAACAUUAUUAUAUGAAGACAACAGAUUUUCAUGCAGAAGAAAUGUGGAAGUUUUCAAUGCCUCUGGCAGUUAUGAAAACAUGGCCGAUUCCUGUACAUCCUGGGUGUAUGACAAGUCUGUGUUCUUGGAAUCGAUAGUCACAGAGAAUGACCUCGUUUGUGACUCAGGGUUGGUUCCUACCUACAUCCAAAUGGUAAUAUAUGUUGGCUCCUUUUGUGGAUCAUUGAUACAAGGCGUUCUUGCGGAUGGAAUUGGAAGAAAAAAGACUAUAAGUAUCAGUCUUAUCUUUCUGCUGGGUUCUGGAUUGGGGGCAGCAUGGUCAACAGAUUAUUACAUGUUCACGGCUUUUCGAUUUCUUCAGGGCAUGUUUUCCAGGGGAGUGUAUAUCCCUGCCUUUGUUCUAGGUAUUGAAAUUGUGGGGCCAUCAAAAAGGCUGUAUGCUGGGUUCCUGUUGAACUACUUCUAUUCAGGUGGAGUUGUACUGUUGGCGGGAGUUGGAUACGGAUUUCGUCAUUGGAAAUACAUUCAGAUAGUAUCUUCGGCACCACUGCUGCUGUUCUUAAUAUAUUGGUGGAUUAUACCAGAGUCCCCGCGAUGGCUGAUCAGUCGCGGUAGAAUCACAGAGGCUAAUGCUAUACUAAUGAAAAUAGCAAAAUCUAACAAUACGGAGAGUUGCAUCCCCUUGAAUGAGGAAUAUGAUGAGGAGAAUGAAGUUUCGAGGAACAAGAACACAUUGAUCCAAUUCGUGUCAAGCCGUUCAUUAGUUUGUCAUUCACUAAUCAUAUUUUUCAACGUCUUCGUGGUAUAUCACUGCUACUUUGGGUUUGCACUGAACACAGAGAACCUAAGCGGUAACUUUUAUCUUAACUUCCUGAUAAACGGACUGGUUGAAUUUCCUGCCGACACACUUGCCCUUGUCUUCAGCGACAGAAUCGGAAGAAAGAAACUCUACAUAACAUCAAUGUUUAUAGGUGGUACCAUGCUGUUAUGUAGCGCAGGGACGACUGUAUUUGCCAUGGAAGGGUUUAGAAAUGUGACCCUUGUCAUGGCAAUGAUGGGGAAAUCAGGUGUGACAGUGGGAUAUUGCGUUAUAUAUCUCUGGGCAGCUGAAAUAUUUCCGACAGUGUUCCGUAACAGUGGCAUGGGUAUAAGUCUGGCCUGUGGUAACAUCGGAUACAUUGUUGCUCCUUUUAUCGCAAAACUGGCAACCAAUUCGGUCGGUACGAUAAGUCAAGCUGUUCCUCUGAUUGUGUUUGGAACAUUUUCCCUUCUAGCAGCCUUACUAACUUUAAUGCUACCAGAAACAAAUAAAGAAAACCUACCGGAAACAGUGGGUCAUGCGGAAAAGACAUCAAAGUCACGUCAGAUGGAAAUGGAAGUCCAGAAUACAUAAAUUGCUAUCUCCCGAGAAAAAGAUUUCCAAUCGAACAUAAGACCUACUUUGGAAUACAGCCUUUAUGAGCUAUUUCUCCCGUUGGCACUCAUACAUAUUAGAAAUAGCUAGGGGAUGACACCAGGAAAACGACAGAGCAAAGUGAUAAACUGUAUAGAUAGGAUCAAAUCCCUUUUACUGGAUUCAAAGUAAAACCACGAUUAUUGUUUUGCACUUUAAGAUCAUCCUUUAUUCUCCCUUAAUCUAAUAUUCACG